GUCUAUCCCGCUUUCAUCAAAACAAAGAUGACACACAACCACACCCCCAGACCCAAUAAAAAUGGCGGGAAAAUUUGGCGCCACUAUUCCACUCUCCCUUCUUCCUCUAUAUAAACCCUUUCCUUCCACUUCUUCUUCCUUGUCCUUUCAAUCCUUCUCUCUUCUUAACCACCGCUAUCCUCAUUUCUGCAACCGCCUUGUUCUCACCAUGGCCCAACCAGACUCCCACGCCACCAACGGCUCCACCGUCGCCGAGAUCCAAGAGCCCUGCCCCAAGAUCCUCAAGAUCCACCAAGACGCUGACAUUUCCACCAACCUUGCUUCUCUCCUCCGUGUAAAGAAGCUCUCCGACAACGCCGUUCUUCCCUCUAGGGCUUCUCCUCUCUCCGCCGGUUACGAUCUCUCCAGUGCUGUGGAGACAAAGAUUCCGGCGAGAGGCAAAGCUCUGGUGGCUACUGACCUCAGCAUUUCGAUUCCAGAAGGCACCUAUGCCCGCAUUGCUCCGCGAUCGGGUCUUGCGUUGAAGCAUUCGAUUGACGUUGGUGCGGGUGUGAUUGAUGCUGAUUACAGAGGACCGGUUGGGGUGAUACUGUUCAACCAUUCGGAUGUUGAUUUUGAGGUGCAGGUUGGUGACAGAGUUGCACAGCUGAUUUUGGAGAAGAUUGUGACUCCUGAUGUUGUUGAGGUUGAGGAUUUGGAUUCAACUGUUAGGGGUGAAGGUGGGUUUGGAUCAACUGGUGUUUGAAUUUAGGGAUUAGGGCUUGGUCUUCUAAGUUGAGAUUUUAGGGUUAGUGGUUAAUGUAGAUGGAGAAAGCUCUUUUGGUAAUUUUGUGGAGCAGUUGGUGGGCGUUGUAGUGCUUUUCUCCCAGUAACUACGAUUAUUAGGGAUGUCAACAAAUUAUCUUUGGUUUUUAUAAAUGAAACUACUAGUUAUAUA